AUGUCGAUAAUUUGUAACAGGGGGAAUAGAUUUAUACCCUUCUCAACUUUACUUAUUUUUCUUUCUUUUUUUUUUCUUUAUGUUCCUUCAUUUCUUGAUUUCAUUUCAUUUCGCUUCAUUUCACAUCAUUUCUUUCUUUCUUUCUUCAUUUCGCUUCAUUUCGCUCCAUUUUCUUUCUUUUCUUUCUUUCUUUCUUUCUUCAUUUCGCUCCAUUUCUUUCUUUCUUUUCUUUUUCUUUCUUUCUUCAUUUCGCUUCGUUUCUUUCUUUCUUCAUUUCGCUUCGUUUCUUUCUUUCUUUCUUUCUUCAUUUCGCUUCAUUUCGCUCCAUUUCUUUCUUUCUUUCUUUCUUCAUUUCGCUCCAUUUUUCUUUCUUUCUUUCUUUCUUUUCUUUCUUUUCUUUCUUCAUUUCGCUUCGUUUCUUUCCUUUUUUCUUCCUUCUGUUUCCUUCCUUUUCUUCAUUUUUUUUUUUUCUUUCUUUCAUUCCUUCAUUUCGCUCCCUUCAUUUCUCCAUUUUUCUUUUUUUUCUUUCUUUUUUCCUUCUAUUCCUUCGUUUCUUUCUUUCUUCAUUUCCUUCCUUUUUUCCCUUCUUUCCUUUCUUCAUUUCCUUGUUUUUUAUUUCUUUUCUUUCUUCUUUUCCCUUUUCUUCAUUUCUUUACAUUUUCUUUUCCAUUUCUUUUUCCUUUGCUUCCUUCGUUUCUUUCUUUAUUUCUUUCUUUCUUCAUUUUUCUUUCUUCCUUCAUUUUUACUUUUCUUUCCUUCUUUUCUUUCUUUCUUCUUUUCCUUGGAUUUUUUAUUUCUCUUACCCUUUCUUCAUUUCUUUUCUUUUUUCUUUACUUUCUUCAUUUCCUCUUCAUUCCUUUCGUUUAUUUCUUUUCUUUCUUCAUUUUCCUCUUUCUUCAUUUUUACUUUUCUCGCUCCAUUUCUUCUUUCUUUUCCUUUCUUUCUUCAUUUUCUUUCCCUUUCUUUUUCCUUUUCUUCAUUUUUCAUUUUUUUUCUUCUUUUUCCCUUCUUUUCUUUCAUUCCUUUUUCUUUUAUUUCUUUUUCCUUUCUUUUUUCUUUCUUUUUUCUUUAUUCAUUUUUUCCCUUUCUUCGCCUCUUCAUUUCUUUCUUUCUUUCUUUCUUUCUUUCUUCAUUUUUCCUUUCCUUCAUUUCUUUCCAUUUUUUUUCUUUUUUUCUUUAACUUUCUUUGCCUUUCAUGUCCUUUUUCUUUAUUUCUUCAUUUCUUCAUUUUCCUCCUUUCCUUCAGUUUUCUUUACAUUUUUUGCCUUUUUCCCUUCUUUUCUUUCUUUCUUGUCCUUUUUUUCUUUCUUUUUUCUUCAUUUUUCCUUUUCAGUUUUCUUUUUUUUCUUUUUAUUUUCAUUUUUCUUUCUUUAUUUCUCUUUCUUUCAUUCCUUCAUUUCCUUCAUUUUCUUUUUUUCUUCAUUUCUUUACCUCCUUUUUCUUUCUUCAUUUUUCUUUUCUUUUCCUAUUUUCUCUUCUUUUGGAUUUCUUUAUUUCUCUUCCCUUUCUUUCUUUCUUCAUUUUCUUUUUUUCACUUUUCUUGCCUCCUUUUCAUUUUUCCUUAUGCCUCUUCAUGUCCUUGGAUUCUUUCUUUCUCUUACCCUUUCUUUCAUUUUCCCUUCCUUUCCUUCAAUUUUCUUUUCCUCUUUCUUUCCUCCUUUUUCCCUUUCUUUCUUUCCUUAUGCUUUCAUUUCCUUCUUUUUCUUUACACUCUUUCUUUCCUUUUCCCUUUCUUUCCUUUCUUCAUGUCCUUCUUUAUUUCUUUCUUACCCUUUCUUCAUUUUCUCCCUUUUUCCUUCUUUCUUUUUCUUUCCUGUCCUUGUUUCUUUUUUUCUCUUUCUUUCCUUUUCCCUUCUAUUUCCUUCUUUUCUUUCUUUCUUCAUUUUUUGCUUUUUCCUUCUUCUUUCCUUAUGCCUCUUUCUUUCAUUUUUUCCUUCUUUCUUUCCUCCCUUCUCCUUCAUUUUCUCCUAUCUCCUUUCUUUUUUUUUCUCUUACCCUUUCUUUCUUUUUCCUUUCUCCUUCCUUUUUUCUUUUCUUUCUUUUCUUUAUUUCUUCCUUUUUCCCUUUUCUUUCUUUCUUUCUUCUCUUUUCCCUUCUUUCCUUUCUUUCAUUUUUUAUUUCUUUCUUCAUUUUCCUCCUAUUCCUUCAUUUUCUUUUACACUCUUUCUUGCCUCCUUUUUUCCCUUCUUUCUUUCAUUUCCUCUUCAUUUCCUUUUCUUUCUUUUCUUUUCUUCCCUUUCUUCUUGCCUUUUUUUAUGCCUCCUAUUUUCCUUUCUCUUUUUCUUUUUUCCCUCUCUUUCUUUCUUUUCUUCCCUUCCUUUUCCCUUCUUUCCUCUUCUUCAUGUCCUUGGAUUUCUUUAUUUCUCUUACCCUUUCUUCAUUUUUCCUCCUAUUCCUUCAGUUUUCUUUUUACACUUUUCUUGCCUUUUUCCCCUUCUUUCCUUAUGCCUCUUCAUGUCCUUGGAUUUCUUUAUUUCUCUUACCCUUUCUUCAUUUUCCCUCCUACUCCUUCAGUUUUCUUUACACUCUUUCUUGCCUCCUUUUUCCCUUCUAACUUUCCUUAUGCCUCUUCAUUUUUCUUUACACUCUUUCUUGCCUCCUUUUUCCCUUCUAACUUUCCUUAUGCCUCUUCAUGUCCUUGGAUUUCUUUAUUUCUCUUACCCUUUCUUCAUUUUCCCUCCUACUCCUUCAGUUUUCUUUACACUCUUUCUUGCCUCCUUUUUCCCUUCUUUCUUAUGCCUCUUCAUGUCCUUGGAUUUCUUUUAUUCUCUUACCCUUUCUUCAUUUUCCUCCUAUUCCUUCAGUUUUCUUUUACACUUUUCUUGCCUCCUUUUCCCUUCUUUCCUUAUGCCUCUUCAUGUCCUUGGAUUUCUUUUUUCUUUCCCUUUCUUCAUUUUUCCUUUCUUCAUUUUUUUACCUCCUUUUCCUUUCUUUCUUCUUUUUGAUUUUUUAUUUCUUUACCCUUUCUUCAUUUUCCCUUCUAACCUUCCUUUUCUUUUUACCUCUUCAUGUCCUUUUUCCUUCUUUCCUUUCUUCUUCCAUGUUUCCUUUUCUCUUUCUUUUCAUCCCCUAUUUCCUUCAGUUUUUCUUUUCUUUCUUUCUUUUUUCCUUUUUUCUUCUAACUUUCCUUAUGCCUCUUCAUUUUUCUUUACACUCUUUCUUGCCUCCUUUUCCCUUCUAACUUUCCUUAUGCCUCUUCAUGUCCUUGGAUUUCUUUAUUUCUCUUACCCUUUCUUCAUUUUCCCUCCUAUUCCUUCAUUUUCUUUUCUUUCCUCCUUUUCCUUUCUUUCCUUAUGCCUCUUCAUGUCCUUGGUUUCUUUAUUUCUCUUACCCUUUUCAUUUUUCCUAUUCCUUCAGUUUUUUUACACUCUUUCUUGCCUUUUUCCCUUCUUUUCCUUAUGCCUCUUCAUGUCCUUGGAUUUCUUUUUUCUUCAUUUCUCUUCCCUUUUUUUCAUUUUUUCCCUUCCUAUUCCUUUCAGUUUUUUCUUUACACUUUUUUUCUUUUCUCCUUUUUCCUUCUUUUCUUUCCUUUUCUUGCCUCUUUUUCAUGUCCUUUCAUUCCUUGAUUUUAUUUCUCUUACCCUUUCUUCAUUUUCCCUCCUAUUCCUUCAGUUUUCUCUACACUCUUUCUUGCCCCCCUUUUCCCUUCUAACUCUCCUUAUGCCUCUUCAUGUCCUUGGAUUUCUUUAUUUCUCUUACCCUUUCUUCAUUUCCUCCUAUUCCUUCAGUUUUCUUUACACUCUUUUGCCUCCCUCUUUCCCUUCUUUUCCUUAUGCCUCUUCAUGUCCUUGUUUUCUUUACACUCUUUCUUGCCUCCUUUUUCCCUUCUUUUUCCUUUCUUCUUUCUUUCUUUCUUCAUUUCCUUUCCUUUCUUCAUUUUUCUUUCAUUUUUCUUUCCUCUUUCUUCCCUUUUCCUUUUUUCCUUCUAUCUUCAUGUCCUUUUUUUUUCUUUCCCUUUCUUCUUUUCCUUUUUUCCUUUUCUUUACACUUUUCUUUUUAACUUUCUUUUCCUCUUCAUUUUUCUUUUACACUCUUUCUUUCUUCCUUUUUCCUUAUUCUUCCCUUUUUCUUUAUUUCUCUUGUUUCUUCAUUUUCCCUCCUGUUCCUUUCUUUCUUUUCUUUUCUUUUCUUUCAUUUUCUAACCUUCCUUUUCCUCUUCAUUUUUUCUUCUCUUUCCUCCUUUUUUCCCUUCUUUCCUUAUUCUUCAUGUCCUUCUUUUCUUUAUUUCUUUUCCUUUCUUCAUUUUCCCUCCCUUUCUUUUCUUUCUUUUUCCUUUUCUUGCCUCUUUUUUCCUUUCUUUCUUAUGCCUUUCAUGUCCUUGGAUUUCUUUAUUUCUUUUUUCUUUCUUCAUUUUUCCUCCUAUUCCUUCAGUUUUCUUUCUCUUUCUUUUUUUCCUCCCCUUUUUUCGUCCUCUUUCCUUAUCUUCUUCAUUCUUGCCUUCUUUUUCUUUAUUUCUUUCAUUCCUUUUUCUUCAUUUUCCUCCUUUUCUUUCCUUUUUUCAGUUUUCUUUACUCUUUCUUGCCUCCUUUUCCCUUCUUUCUUUCCUCUUCAUUUUUCUUUACCUCUUUCUUGCCUCCUUUUCCUUUUUCUUUCUUUCUUUCUUCUUCAUGUCCUUGUUUUCUUUUCACUUCUUUCUUGCCUCCUUUUUCCCUUCUUUCCUUAUGCCUCUUCAUGUCCUUGGUUUCUUUAUUUCUUUACCCUUUCUUUUUCCUUUCUUCCUUUUUUCUUUCCACUCUUUUCUUUCCUUUAUUUUUUCCCUUUCUUUCAUUUUUCUUUACCUUUUCUUUCCUUGGCCUUCUUUAUUUCUUCUCUUUUUCUUUCUUCAUUUCCCUUUCCUUUUCCUUCAUUUUUUCUUUACACUCUUUCUUUCUUUUUUCCUUCUUUCCUUAUGCCUCUUCAUUCCUUUUUCUUUAUUUCUCUUCCCCUUUCUUCAUUUUUCUUUUCCUUCAUUUUUCUUUACACUCUUUCUUGCCUCCUUUUUCCCUUCUUUCUUUCCUUUGCCUCUUCAUGUCCUUUCUUUCUUUAUUUCUCUUCCCCUUUCUUUCUUUUUCCCCUCCUAUUCCUUCAUUUUCUUUCUUUCUUUUCCUCCUUUUCCCUUCUUUUUCUUUCCUCUUCAUGUCCUUGGAUUUCUUUUUAUUUCUCUUUCUUUCUUCAUUUUCCUCCUCCUCAUUUUCUUCAGUUUUCUUUUUCCCUUCUUUCUUGCCUCCUUUUCUUUCUCUUCCCUUUCUUCAUUUUUUUCCUUUCCUUCAUUUCUUUCUUCCUUUCCUUCUUUCUUUCUUUCUCUUCCCCCUUUCUUUUCAUUUUCCUUUCCUUCUUUCCUUUCAUCGUUCAUUUUCUUUUUUUCCUUUUUUCUUUCUUUCUUUCCUUUCUUUUCUUUCUUUCCUUUGCUUUCAUGUCCUUGGAUUUCUUUCUUUCUCUUCCCCUUUCUUCAUUUCCCUCCUUUUCCUUCAGUUUUCUUUACACUCUUUUCUUUCCUUUUUUCCUUCUUCAUUCCUUGCUUUUUCUCUUCUUCUUCAUUUCCUUGGUUUCUUUAUUUCUCUUUCCUUUCUUCAUUUCCUUUCCCUCCUUCAUUCCUUCAGUUUUCUUUCUUUCUUUCUUUUUCCUUUCCUUCUUUCUUUCUUUUUUUCCUCUUCAUGUCCUUCAUGUUUCUUUCUUUCUCUUCCCCUUUCUUCAUUUUCCUUCCUAUUCCUUCAGUUUUCUUUCUUUUCUUUCCUCCUUUUCCCUUCUAACUUUCCUUUCCUCUUCAUGUCCUUGGUUUCUUUAUUUCUCUUCCCUUUCUUCAUUUUCCUUUCCUUUCCCUUCAGUUUUUUCUUUCUUUCUUUCUUUCCUUUUUUUCCUUCUUUCCCUUUCUUUUUAUGCCUCUUCAUGUCCUUGGAUUUCUUUAUUUCUCUUCCCUUUCUUCAUUUUCCUCCUUCCUUCAUUUUUUUCUUUUCUUUUUUUCCCUUCUAA